AUGUCACCUGAUAUUUCAGUUAGACUCUGGCUUGGGGAUUUAUCAUCACCACCAGUUAGUAAGAUGGCACACGUCUAUCUUAUCUUAUCAGAUAGCAAUUCAAUAUAG